UUUAUUUAUUCACAUCUAUUCCGUCUCCGACAACAAUGAUUUAAAACGUUAAAAAAAUUAAUUAGCAAAGAAAAUGGAUUGUUCGGGCCGUUUUCUAACAUGGCAGCUGACAACACCAAUGUUGGUCAUUGUGUGGUAGGACAGAUGUCAGGAGGUGUCGACGCCGCUGUGUGCACACACAAUGGUGCUUCCACCACUGCUGAAGAGUGUAUCGGGAGACGUAGUUUGCGGGAUUGUACUCGGCGGCCAGUCUGGAGAAGGGAAAGUAUUGAUAAUGUUGUUGCAUGUGAGGAGGGAAGAGGAAACAGUGGGCUGGCGUCCUCCUGGUCAGCAGAGUGCUGUGGACCCACCGAGUGCAGCCAUUAACCUUCAAGAACAUGAGCAGCGGGUGAAAGAAGAGGUGAUCAGAGGAGCCGCAAGAAGCAGUGGCAGGAGCCGCCCACGACCACCACGACCCACGGAGAGGGCCACAACCUGCUCCACCAACCAGCCUUCAUAUCCACCACCACCACUACUGACCUGCUCGAGAGAGACCUGCAGGGAGUCGAAGUGGUGUCUAGUGUUUUUAAGAAUAGCUCCGCCAACAACCUCAUUAUGGCCUGACAUGAAGUCUGCAGAGUGUUGUCCGGGCUCCAUGAAAGCGUGUGCGCGCGCACCACGGUAAACGCUGGUUCUAAAUGGAUGAGUUUGAGGCUGGUCGUUCCUCGUGUGUGGUUUACAGAUACUCUGUCAUAGGGGGUCCCUACCCCCCGCUAGUCAAGAUGUAGCUCGUUCUGGCUGCGCGCUACGUGUAACUAUUAGGUAUCUGUGUGGCGUGAGUGUGUAGCUUGCAAGCCUUGGCAAGUGCUACAUCAUCUUGGACGGAACACCGAAGCUGCUACCAGCAACCUGUCCUACCACCACCACUGGUACACCAGCACCCACCACCGGUACACCAGCACCCACCACCGGUACACCAGCAAGAGGUGGUGAGCGACGCAGAAGACACCAUGAAUCGGGUGAGGACUGUGGCGUGCGUCGUCGUGGUGGUUGCCGCCUUGUCUUGGCACCGCGUCGCCGCCACCUGGUGGUUGCUGGGGAUGAACAGUGCACAGAUGCAGAGUUCGGCAGAGUUGGCGCCCCACAGGUACCGCGAGGAGUGCAACAACCUCACCUACCUCGUGGCCAAGCAGAAGCAACUGUGUCGCCUCUCCCAGAACGUCCUUAAGACUGUGAGCCAGGGAGCCAGGAUGGGCAUCACAGAGUGCCAGCACCAGUUCAACAUGCACCGCUGGAACUGCUCCACCUUCACCAACUCUCCCUACGUCUUCGGUCACCUCCUCCGCAUCAAGAGCAGGGAGAAGGCAUACGUUUAUGCCAUCUCUGCUGCUGGUGUUGCCUACAGCGUCACCAGAGCCUGUAGCCGAGGAGAGUUAACAGAGUGUGGCUGUGACGAGCGUAUUCGUCAGCGACCCACCCGAGGCAGGUGGGAGUGGGGAGGGUGUUCAGAAGACCUGCGGUUCGGAGAAUAUUUUAGCAAGGAGUUCGUGGAUGCCCGUGAAGCCAGGAACACUGCAGAUGGCCUCAUGAACCUCCACAAUAAUGAGGCUGGCCGGAGGGCGAUCAGGUCGGAGAUGGAGCUGGUGUGUAAGUGCCACGGGGUGUCAGGCUCAUGUUCGAUGCGGGUCUGCUGGCGGAGGAUGGCUGCCUUCAGAAACAUUGGCGACUCUCUCUUGCAGCGCUUUGAGGGUGCAUCCAUUGUCAGGUUUGUGAAAAAGAGGAAGAGGAAGAAACUGCGGCCCUUGAAGAGAGGGUUCAAGCGACCCAGCAGGCGAGACCUGGUCUACUUGGAGGAGUCCCCAGAUUACUGCACACGCAAUGAAGAACUUGGUGUACUUGGGACUGAGGGGCGUAUGUGUAACAAGACCAGCUGGGGAAUGGAUGGCUGUAGGAUCUUGUGCUGUGGUCGGGGGUACCAAACCAUGGUCAGAGAAGUGACUGAAAAAUGCAAUUGCAGAUUCAUCUGGUGCUGUAAAGUGCAGUGCGAGAAGUGCCAAGUUUCCCGUGAGGAACAUUACUGUAACUAAAGAAAACGGUCUUGGACUACUAAGUACAGGUACUGUAUACAAAAAGCAUCAAUGUUUAUAAUAUUACCUGCUCUGCAUUUGUUGCAGGGUGAUUCGAGAAUGUAUGUCCAUAACAAAAAUAUUCAUAAAAUUGUUUCCCAUAGUUAGGGUUUCCUAUAAUUAGAGUUUACAAAGGUUUAUGGUUAGACAUUCAGGAAGAUUGUACAUAAUAUUUUAAAAGAAACAUUUUACUGUGUAUGAAAGUUCAACAGUUAAUAGAUUAUUUAUGUCAUUGGACUUGCGUGUUCCUCCCUAAUAGAUUAUAUAAUAUGAUUUAAGUGUCCAAGAUGUGCAAUGUUGUCAUUUAGGAGCAGAGUAUGGACACUGAAUAAACAGCACAACAGAAAAAUUGAAAAUGAGCUGUUAUUUGCAAUGAAAACCAAAUAUGUAAUUAAUAUAUUGUUUUAUUCAGCAUUGCUGGCAAUUUAGUGCUGGUCCUAAAUGACAUUCCUAUAACUAUGCUACUAAUUUAGUGGUGACUCUAAAUUAUAUUCCUAUAAUUAAGAAUUAAUAUUGGAUGAAGCAGUAACUGUGUUUAGUUUCAUUUCUUGUACCUGAUUCUUUUUGUAAAUACUGUAUGUACCUCAGCUUUCAAACUGCAGCAUCUUUCAAAUGUGAAAAAUAUAUAACAAAUAUAUUAAUUUCAUUGUAAGAGAUUGAACUGUAUAUAUUAAAUCCCACCUCUAUGCCAAUAUCUUAACCUUGUACAUUAAUUGCUACAAUAGUUAUACAAUGUCACAAACUGAUGUAAUAUUUAAGCUUAAAGUAUUACCAUACUGGAUAUAUGGAAAUGUGAAAUACAGUAUUACUUUAAGAAAAUGUUAGAACUGUAGAAGCAGAUCAGUUUAAACAGCAAUUUUAUAAGGCUGUGGAUGCCAUCCAGAUUUUUGACACAUUUGUAAGGAAGAAUGCACAUAAUUAGAACAAUACAUGCAGUAUUUAGAUGUGUGUUUGUUGGUGUGGUGCUUGUGUAAAUUAUUAUGUACAUAUACAUGCAUGUAUAUGUGUUUUUAUAUCCGUAAUAUGUAUGUACAUACAUAGUGCUGGAGACGAUCUUUACUUGGUGACAUGUCAUACUAGUGUCCGAGUCAACAUACCAGUACAGUAAUUCACUAAUUAGUAUUGCCUUCGCUGGAUCAGUGACUGUCAAUAUCUUUCAUCUUUUGGCAUUACUGAAUGCCACAAUAGGUUUACACAGUCCCCCAUUCCAUCACCAGAUCAGUAACUGAAUACAUUUUAUCAAUCCAUAUUGCCUUCACCUGCUUGUAUAUUUGCUUUUCUGUUAAGCCGUAAAAAUAUAUCAGAUAAUGUCACUCAUCAGUUUUUGAACUACCAGGCAAGUGAAUUAAUUCAAUAUUUUAAGUAUUGAAUUAAAUAAUAAUUUGAUUACACUUAUAAUAAGAUACUUUGUGUUUAUUUCUUCACCAGACCAAAUCAAGUCUCCAGCAGUGUGUAUACAGUAUGUAUAAUAAAACUAUUGUGUUAGGUUUGCAUGUGGUGUAUUCGUUUUCUGCAAUACACUAAUGUAAGAAUUACAUGUGAAGGAUACCUAAGCAAAACUUGUCUUGUUCCAGAUGUUGACAAGACUUAUCUUUAAAUUAGUGGUUUUAGGGAUGUAAUGAGUCAUAUGAUGGCCUGGUACAUAGAUUUAGAAAAUGAAUUGUUGUUUGGACAAUACUGUAGAUAUAAAAACAACAUCCAGGAUAUUCACAGCUGCUCUUUGUUAUCUAUGAAACUGAAGAUGCGCUGCAUGCUGGCUACAUAUCAAAAAAUUAAAAUUAAUACUAAGCAAACUUUGUUCACCAACUGCAGGCAUUAAAAGAAAAACAUUGUAGAAUGACAGAGCAACUCUAUUGCUUCUACACCCCGCUGGAACAUUAGAAGUCUCAAAAAGGGUUUCAGAAUGCCACUCCAAAGAGCUCCCUCAUCUCUCUCCUCCAGAUCUUGGACUGAAUAACUUGUAGAGAAAGUGAUGACGUUUCAGUCCAUCCUGGAACCAUUAUCGAGCACACUAGGAGAUCACAAUAACCUGUUAAUGUGGGGUGUCUGGGGUUACCCAGGACACUUGCUCAAUCCCCAUCCUACUCGAUUCAUUUUCUCUGUAUGAAGUUGUGAAGGAAGAGAGAAUGUAUGUGUAACUAUAAGGCAAGAGGUAAGACAUGAGAAGUAAAGCAUGAAAACCAGGCUGGUAUAAGAACAAAGGAAACAGCAGAAGGUAUGAUGGCGGCCAAAGAAAGCACAAAAAAGAAAUGGAAAUAGUUCUUCAGUUUGGGAAAAAAAGUGUCUUCAUAAGCAAUGUUCGAGACAAUGCAUUGCUGGAGGAAGCAAUUUGGAAAACUUAAAAUUUAUUCCUCAAGGGCAGCAUUUUUCAACCACUGUGCUUCAACAAAGGUAAAUAGGAAUUCCACAAGAGAUACUGAUAAAUUGGCUAAUUCUAAUCAUAUGCAAAUAUUUUUUAAGUCAUUUUAGUGUUUGUUUUCUCAUUUAACCAGUAUGAAGAGCAAAGACAGAAAUUAUUUCCUUUCAGUUGACAAUGAAAUCUGUUUUAUCUAAAGUAUGACCCAGAAUUAUUUCAAGGAUACAAAGGUUGAAAAAUGCUGCUCUAGAGGGAAUCAAACAUCAGAAUAAAUGCAAAAUCACAUCUAUAUGAAAUACAUAUGUUGUAUAUAUAAGGCUCAGAACACUUUGAAAUCCAUUGAGAACUUAUUAACUUUAAUCUUAAUUAAAUCACUAGAAAAUGUUGAUAUAAAUUUUAAGUUCAACUUUAUUUUGAUAAUGCACAUCUUUAUUUGUAGAAAAUGCACAAUAUAGAAGUUACAAUUAAUGUAUAGCCAUAUUUAUUUGGAAUACAUUUUUGCAGUUUUGUUUUAUGAUAAAAUAUAACAUGGUUUUUAUAAUUACAUAAAGUGGCGUAUAUUAGAUCCAUCUUGUGCAUUAAAAAUCACUGAAGAAUAUAUGUUGCUAGUUAAUCACUAUCAUUAGUUUCUAACAAGAAUGAGUUGUAUAUAUAUUUUUGAUGAUGUACAGUACUGUAUAUGCUUGAUCUAUACAUACUAUAAAUAGAAUUGCUUUUCCUAACUAAAAAUAUAUUUCCAUAUACUGCCUUCAAAUUUUCAAGGCUUUCUUCUACCCUAGUAUCCUUACCUUGUUAUUCAUCUAUUCAUUUUCCUCGAGGUAAAUACCACCAAAACUUCAUUCAGCAUGGCUUGGGUGUACAACCUUUUCAUGGCACAGAUCCAUGAUCUGUGAUCCAUGGAUCCUUGAUUUAUGUGCUGGCUGAGAGAAGUGGUAUAUGGUAGUGCCAUACAUGUUAUUUUGCCUUCAGUUAAGGUUAAUGUGUCAGUAUUGGGGUGAACAGAGGCAUUAUUAAGCAAUAGCCAAGCCCAAACUUUACUUGGCCUCACUCCAUGAUUCUUAAUUUAAUCAUAGACUUACAAAACACAUACUUAAACCAAGAAAGAAAAAUCUUGAAUGUAAAUCAUGCAUUCUUUGAAUGAUGAUAAUAUACAGGCAUACUGUGAUUUCAGCCCCUUAAACAAAUAAUAAAAUUUGUUUCUGCAUACUCAAAGAAUAUGCAAUGAUUGUGUACUCGCCUAAUGUGUGUGCAUAUAAAUAAUAAUGAUGCAAUAAAAAUAUAUGAAACA